UCUAUCUUUAUUUCUCUAAAUACUCUCCAAGAAGGCGGAAGCAAAUUUAAAAAAGCAAUCCCACAAACUAAAAGAGACGCAGAUAAUUGGUGUAAUUUGGUAAACAAAAAACCAACUUUGGUUUCGUUAAGAGAAAAAAAAAACUGCAACCAAAAAAAAAAAUCCUCUUCUCCUCGUUCCAUGGCUACACGAUCAAAGGAAGCUCGCAUUUGAGAUGGAUUUAGUUUAAUUAGUUUGAUUUCGGGGCUAAUCGUGAUUUCGAUUCAUAAAGUUUGCUCCUUUUUAGCUGAUCUUAAGAGGAUGUUGAGGGUUUAGAGGUGUGUGUGUGUGUGUGUAUGGUGGUUUUCUUUCUUUAGUUAUGUGGAUGGCUACACGAUCUAGCUCUGGGUUCCCUUACGAGUCUAUAAAUUUCCAAUCUUUGAGCUCGUCUGAGAUGAUGCCGAUGGGUCCUUACUUUGGUCGAAGUGGUUCCUUGUUGGGGAUGAAUAUGAUCAGUAAUGUUCAGAAUGGGAACUCUUCGAAUUCGUCUCUUGAUUCGGGUUCUGGGAUCAAACCAGAGACUUCAUUGGCUAGUGAAUGGUCAACUGAAGAACAGCUCAAACUGGAGGUUGGCCUUGAGAAAUAUAAGGAUAAGCCAAGUAUUAUCAAGUAUAUUAAAAUUGCAGCCACUUUGCCUGACAAAACCGUUCGAGAUGUUGCUUUGCAGUGUAGAUGGAUUACGAGAAAGAGAAGAAAAGCAGAAGAAUUCAACUGUGGAAAAAGAAUAAGUUCUAGCAAGGACAAGCAGACAGGAUUGUCCUCGAGGAAAACUUCUGUUUUGCCUGAUAGCAUGGCUUCAUACCCUUUAUUGAUGCCCUUUACAAGCUCCAGUAAUAAACAUAUUACAUCUGAAGAUUUAAGCGGCCAUGCAAUCAGUCUGUUAGAACAGAAUGUAAGAGCUUUAAGUCAAAUUAGAGCUAAUCUAUCCUCAUAUAAGGUACAUGAUAACAUCGAUCUGUUUUGUCAGACAAGGAACAACCUUAUCACCAUCCAAAAUGACAUGAAUAAUAUGCCUGGCUUGAUGAGCCAGAUGCCACCUUUGCCGGUUGCAAUCAAUGAUAAUCUCUCAGCUACCUUGUUGAGUAAUUCAACCUUGGCGAUGCCAUUAAACACAAUGAAAAAUGGUGGUUUCCAUAUGAAGCAAGAGCCUUCAGGGUGACCAUUAAAUACUUGUAAAUUGUCUUAAAGAAGAUUGAGGAAGAAGAAGAAGAAAAAGCUCACCAUAUAUUUUUCAUCACACGUUGGGAAGUUUCUAGAGAUGUGAUUCUUUCGUAACACCAAAGAUCUUUUAUCGCCAGGCUGGCAUAAGAUUAAGAAAAUAGUAAGUCUUGGUCCUGGCUCCAAACUGAAAACCCUCUUGACAAGGUCUAUAGAUUAAUCAACUUAGCAUUUAAAUGUCAUUGGAGAGUUCUAAGCGAUGUGUAUAAAAUGAUUCCGUGGGAGAUAGAAGAGUGUGUUGUCGUGUAAUCCUUUUGAUUAUUUGGUGUGUUGUUAUCCUGGUAUCCAUUCCCUUUUUAACAUCAAAGUGGUCAACUUUAUUUUUGUUA